AUGUUUGUGAUUUUACUUCGUAAGAUCAUUAACAGCAAGAACAAGUACAAAAUAUUCAUCAGUUUAUUUGUUCUGUUUCUCACUAUCGUCUAUAACGCAGGACUCGUACAUUUCUUUUUCCGUACUACCUCAGUGGAUGAUUCUGCCGAAAUGAAUCAUGUGGACUAUGUUGCGCACGUCAUUGUCAUGCCCAUCGUAUUAUCCAUAGGAAUGAUUAAUCAGUGCUUGAAUGUUUGUACAUUGCUCCAUAUCAAAACCAGCAUCUUUUUGUACUUGAAAGCAUCUGCAAUUGCUGAUAUUUUGAGCAUUGUGGCUUUUAUUCCAUUCCUCCUAAGACACGCCAAACUGAUCGACCCAACCUGGGAGUUAGGAAUGUUCUAUCAUGCUCAUUUGGAACUACCUCUCAUUAAUGCCCUCAUAUCUGCCAGCGCUCUCAACAUUGUUGCCAUGACUGUAGACAGAUAUGUGUCCGUGUGCCACCCUAUUAAAUUCUUUCAAAACAAUGAGACAAAACCAUCUCGUCGGCGCACAAUGCUAAUCAUUGUAAUGAUCUAUUUUAUCGCUCUUCUCAUCUACUUUCCAUCGGUUUUUCAAAAGAAACUUGGUGUUGUAACCAACGCUCUGACCAAUGUAACCGUUUAUACAAUUGUCAGGAAUGAAGAUGUCGAGGCUUUACGGAUUUUCCAAUUCUACUUGAUCGUUCGAGAGGUCAUUUGCCGAUGGGGUCCAGUUUUUCUGCUAGUGGUACUCAACAUGUGUGUGGUCCGUGGUCUUCGAAAAAUCGACAAACGCAACUGGUUCUGGAGACAGCCAUCUACAAACAGUCGUACGGAGACUACAGCUCAACGUCAGCUCCGAUCGCCGAGAGAUGAUCGUAGCAGAAUCUCAGUUCUCCUAUUCGUGACAUCAGCAACCUUCAUAAUUUGCAAUGUUCCUGCUUCCGUGAUCUCUUUCUUUGUCGGACGAGUCAGCGGAUCCAUUUUCUGGCAAAUCUUCCGCGCUAUCGCAAACCUUCUUCAGGUUACCAGCUAUCUCUACAACUUUUAUCUUUACGCUCUGUGUUCUUCUGAAUAUCGCCACGCUUUCCUUCGACUCUUCGGCUGCCGACCAAGCCAAUCUCCAAUUUCGACCGGCGAUUCUCCAACUGUCCGAGUGUCGGUCCAUGGGAAACGUUGCCAAGCUGUCGUCUUGCUGGAAAAUGAGCAAAAUGGGUAUCCAGUCAACGAAGUGUAG